AUGUCAGUGGGUGCACCGAAAAGUGUCACAAGGCCUCUCUUUCCAGAGACGCACUUGUUGCUUUGUUGGAUUAGCUCGCUGGUGGGAUUCGCGCUUUUCUCACACUUUCUUCUACAGGUUGAUGUCGCAGACACAGUGAUUUGCAUGGUUGCUCACGUGGUGUGUUUUCCUCUCCUCAGUCCACGGCUCGAUCCCACACUGGUGGCCGCUCUGGGACUGGUUGUGAUUGGACUGGCCAUUGGCUGUGAGCUAAUCGACCUUUGCUUUGACUUCUUGAUUCACUGGGACACACCUUUGAAGAUUGGAGACCGAACUAUCUCUGCAAGAGAGGUUGGGUUCCUCUACUACAACAAUAUCCUCAAAGGAAAACACGUCAAUUUUGCAAUAGAAAUCUUUCUGUUGACAUCUCAAUUCGGUGCGCUGGUGGGCUCUUCGAGGACUUCACACCAGGUUCGUCAGGCUUGGCUGGGCAUGGUGCUUACGAUGAUCUCGGGCAAUGGUUUUUACCUGACCAGCGUCGUGACACGCUACGUCGAUCUCAGACUCGCAACUCACUUUGAGGAACGGUUUUUCGAUGGCUGGUCCCGGGUGAUCGCCGCACGAUUCUUUUUGCUCAUGCAUUUGUUUACCGCUGUCUUCUUGCUUUGCACAAUCCUUGUGAAGAUGCAACGGCAGGCAGAUGUGGAUGUGGAAUGGCAGCUCCGCGGACGUAGUCUCGAAAAACGUGCUUUUCAAGAGAGCCCUGGAAGCGGCAAAGGGCCAGAGCGACGAAUGAAUGCGCAAAAGCUGUUGCCGGAGCAGAACUUUGACGAAGCUGGGGUUUAUUUGGUGCGCUUGUGGCUGGGAGGAUGCUGGCGCGACAUCAUUGUGGAUGAUCGCUUGCCGUGCAUUGGGAAUGGCCGAAGCACGUACUACCAGCUUGCCUACUGCUCAACGCGGAGAUGUCAGCUCUGGGCGAGUGUCAUUGAGAAAGGCUUCGCCAAGGCUUGUGGCUCGUAUCAGGCCAUAGCUGGUGGAGAGGCCGAAGAAGCAUUAACAGUCCUAACAGGAUGGCCAUGUCAGACCAUCCUCUUCGACGAAGAGGAUUUUGAUGCGGAUAUUUUGUGGGCAACCAUGUGUACGUCAAGAGAAGCAAAAUUUCUCAUGACCGUCUCAACUAGUUCCGGCAAGUCUCGCAGUGAGCAGGACAUCCGCGCAGCUGGGCUUGUGCCAAAUCACGCCUAUUCUUUGAUCGACGUGCUUGAUGUUCUCGAUGCAGGUGGUGAUCGCGUGCGACUGCUGAAGAUCCGAAAUCCUCAUGCCAAGGACAAAUGGCGGGGCAACUGGUCCGAAGGAAGUCCCUUGUGGACGCCAGAACUUCGCGCCCAUGUGGCUUCCGCCAAAGCCACCGAGGAUGGCAUGUUUUUCAUGGGGUACGGUGACUUCCUGCACUGGUUUGAGCGUUGCACCAUUUGCAAAGUGCAGAGCGAUGGUUGGCACAAGGUUCGAAUGCCAACGCCUUUACCUGGUGGAAUGGUCCCAAGUCGAGGCUGGAGGCUCCGAGUUUCUGAGAUGACAGAAUGCUGUUUGACUAUUGCGCAGCCUCAAGACCGGACACGCUCCGGCCCCUUGUUUCAGUCCUUGAACUUGGGCUCGAUUGCUGCUGCAGGCUUUGUUUUGGUUUGCGUUGACGAUAGCCAGCGGAAGUCGCUCACAGCAACGACAGUGGGGCACCCACGCUGCCGUGCAGUCGUGUCAGCGGACUGCUGGUUGAAGCCAGGUCUCUCGUACUUUCUCCUACCACUCAGCUUACUGGAAGGUCCUGAGGUACCUGCAGUCUUCUCUUGCUUCAGCCGAAAAACUGUGCAGAUCCAGGAGCACAGCUUUUCAGAUUCGGCUGUGCUUGCUGCUUGGGCAGCCUUCAUCAGGUCAAACUCAAAAGCACCUGACGACUUCCAUGGUGCCAAGGUGUACAUGGCGAAGAGCCAUGGUGGCAUGGUUGUUUGCAUGGCUGAAAAUCGUGGCAGGGGCUUCUUCCAGGUGAAGCUUGACUUUCAGCAGUUUGAGGCAUGCAGAUUGCAUUUUUCCAGGGGCAGUGGGCACACCGAAGACUGGCUGGCGCCUGGACAAGCUCAAAUCCUGCAGGUGGUGAUUCCAGCUGGUGGCAGUGGUGGUUGGAGAAGUAGUCAGCACUACGAAAUGCGCUUCAUGAAGUCCUGGGCCAAGCGAGACGUUCAGUCAUUUCAAAAGUUUCUAGUUCCAACUUUAUUCAUAGUGACCAUGCACCUGGCCACGCUGACCCUGUUGGUUCAGAGUCUCGGGGGCCUGACCGGCCUGACCCAACACCAUGGUUUGGACAGUGGAUGUGGAACUAAGGACGCUUCAAAGAAGCCAAGUCGCAACGGUCACCACGGUCACAACGGUUACAAGGGCCGAGCAGGCCGCCGGGCCUAUUCCCUCCGGGCUUAUCUCUGGAGGCCCAUCCCUUGUGGCGGUCGUGUAAGUCCUGCACUUGAUUCCAAAGAGGAGAAGCGUGGUGAAGCUGCGAAACGACCCAUAGAGCCCACAGAAAGCGAAGGUUGUGUGGACUUGGGAGCUUCCACGCCGAUUCCAUGCACUGCUGGAGGCAGAAUACCCAUAGAGAGUGACUUCACUCAAUGCCCAUAUUUGCAGAGUUUCGUUCGUUGUGGACCUCAUCAUCGUUCCCAACUGUGCAUCCUUGCGCAGGACGACAUAGAGCAGCUUCACGACAUUUGGUCUAGGUAUCACGAUGACCUUUCCUGCCCUCAGUACGACGAGAAGCCCACUUUCUUGCCAGAGGAUUUUGAUACCUUCUACGCCAUCGCCCAGAAAGUUGUUGACGCCAUGGUGGAUGAAUAUCAAGUGCCGAUGGUUCUGGAUCAGGCUACUGUAAGCAACACAAAUCACCAUGGUCAUCCACCACAUGCUGACAAUCUCCGCUUUGAUUCUGUAUGGAGGAAUGGCAAACGUGUCACUGUGGACGAACUUGCAGCGGCCCGCAAUGGAGCUUAUGUUCUCUGGAGAGAAGACAAGACGUCCUACAGAAGUUAUAGUUGUUCAGUUGCUCUUUCCGACCCGAAUGGUUACGAAGGAGGUGAGGUGCAAUUCUUCGAGAAAUGGGGAUCUCGACGCCCUGUUGCAAGCUAUAAAUGCGCUGCCGGAUGCGGCAUCGCUUUUUGUGGAUGCCACCGGAAUAUCCAUGCAGUCACUGGAGUGAAAAGGGGAUUCCGGCUGGUUCUUUUAGUUUGGACCCGACCUCCUGGUGUUCCAGUUCCAGAGGGACAAGACCAGGUUUGCUACUUCCGACCUGGCACAGGCAAUGGCUGCUGGUUACACACUGCGGAAAUCCGACGUGGCCUUGCACGACGAGGGCAGCGUGAGUCAUUCUGGGAGCCUAAAGAUGCGGACUCAGAGGACUCAUGUAACUGUGCAGAAUGUCGAAACGAGAGAGGCAGAAUAUCCUGGAAAGACUGUCUCCGGCAGAUGACGUCCAAGUCCUUCAAGUCCACACCGAGUACCAGUGCGGACACCUCACCCCGUAGCCCAGAGAGUCCAAACUUUCCAGUGGAGAUAGGCAUCACCAAAGAUGCAGCCCUGAAUCCCCCGCAGCCGCAGCAACCAGCGGUACUCUGCGGACCACAUGGUCGACAUGAACUGCCGUCCAUCCUUUCCGAAGACGACAUUAGGAGAUUGCAUGCUAUUUGGGAGAGGCAUCGGGAUGACUUGAGCCAGCCGCGCUACAAAAAGAAACCGAUCUUCUCGGAGGAAGACUUCGAUUCUUUCAAGUUGAUUUCGCAAAAAGUGGUGGAUGCAAUGACGGUGCAGUUCAAUCAACCACUUCUCCUAGACCAAGCUGCCGUUAACAGUACAAACAGGUAUGGGCACCCGCCCCAUGCUGACAACGUGCAGUUUGACUCGGUUUGGUGGGAUGGGCAUCAGAUCAAGCAGCGAGAUGAAGUUGAAGCAGCACGCGCUGGGGCUGAAGUUAUUUGGAAAGCUGCCAAGACCACAAGCUACAGGAAUUACAGCGCUUCCAUCGCUCUGACAGAUCCACAGGAAUAUGGUGGUGGGGAGCUUGAAUUCUUCGAUACAUGGGGUUCCAAGACGCCUGUGACUUCAAUGCGGCUGCCGGCUGGAUUUGGCAUGGCAUUCUGCGGCUGCCAGAGAAGCAUUCAUGCUGUGACUGGCGUGAAAUGGGGCUUUCGGCUGGUUCUGCUGGUGUGGACAAGGCAUCCUGAAGCGCACGUCCCUACGGAGCAGCUCCAUGUCUGCUAUUUCCGGCCUGGGUCUGGACAGAGCAUUUGGCUCACGGAAGAAGACAAUCGAAGAUUUGCCAAAAAGAAGGAAAGGAGAGAGAGAAGGAGCAGUGAACCCCUGCCAAGUCUCUCAGAUGGUGAAGGAGUGUUCGAGCAAAAUGUGCUUGAUCUAUCUUGA